AUGGAAGCCACCCAAGAAUCCACACAGCCUUGUGCUGAUCCUCGUCGGAUGGGCCUGAACAAUUCCGGCCUUCAAGAACAGGAUCUUGCGGACAUCAUUUGUAUUUUGCAUCCCAACUCCCAUGCCGCGCACGAUGGAGUAGCGGCCACCGCAGCACUAGGAAGCCAACACAUUCUUCAGAAAGAUGUCUUGGACUAUGAGACAUCGGAAACGGCGGCCCUCGACGUGGCGUUGAGAUUGUCCUCGGACGUUCAUGAUAUCGGGGCGGGGUUCUGUUUCGGUCGCAAUAAAGCGCGCUGCGACAUCCUUCUCGCCGGUGACGACGAGGCUAAACGCGUAUCGAACAACCAUUUUCGAAUCUACCUGACCGGCGAUGGCAUCAUUAUGCUCCAAGACACCUCGACAAACGGCACCAUCGUGGACAACUGCCGCCUUCGAAAAACACAAAAGGAAAACAGUCGUAUGCUCACAAACGGCUCGAUCAUCCAAGUCGUCACCGGCAAUCAGGGCUCCGACGAGGUACGCUUUGUGGUUCGAAUCCCGGCUCGUGAGGGCUUCGCCAUGCAGUAUACACAGAAUGUUCUGCACUACUUUGAGCGUCUCCAACAUACUGUCGCCGGCGUAGCCCAACAAAAGACUCGAUACUCCUCAAAUCAACCCGUCCUCUCGUGGUCGGUCGCCAACACAUACGGGAUGCAUUGGACUGGUGGUGCGAUGUACAAUGUAACAGGGCAGAUCGGCAAGGGGGCAUUUGCGACGGUCUACAAAUUGGCGACAAAGCAGCAUGGUGCGAUCUAUGCCGCGAAAGAAUUGGACAAGCAUCGAUUUAUGAAGAAAGGAAUUUUGGACCAGAAGGUUGACAACGAGAUGAAGAUUAUGCGUGACUUGACACAUCCUAAUAUCGUUCAAUACAUCGACUAUCACGAACAUGACCGUUGGAUCUACAUCAUAAUGGAGUAUGUACCUAUGGGUGAAUUGUCGACAUAUCUGUCAUCACAGGGCAAGAUCCAGGAGGAUAUGGUGAGAACUAUCGCUCGCCAGCUUCUGCGGGCACUGCACUACCUUCACAGGCGCCGAAUUACCCAUCGCGAUAUCAAGCCGGAUAAUAUUCUUAUUGCAUCGCUCGAUCCGCUUCGUGUGAAAUUGUCAGAUUUUGGGCUGUCCAAGGUGACGCAGGAGGAGACUUUCCUCAAGACCUUCUGUGGUACACUACUGUACUGUGCGCCUGAGGUGUAUCCCGACUAUGAGACAUAUCGGCGAGGGGAUGCUCGGAAGAGACGUCGUGUUGGAGACCCCCAGGCUGUCGACAUGUGGUCGCUUGGUGCUGUUCUGUACCAUAUUCUCGCCGGAGUGCCACCAUAUUCUGGUCGUGCUGAAGACCGUGGUCAACACAUGCUCCGCUGUAUCAUGGAGACUGACGCCGAUUACGACAUCUUGCGUCGAGAGGGUGUCUCAGAAUCUGGUAUCGAAUUCGUUGCCCAGCUUCUGAACCGAGAUCCUUUCUGUCGACCAACAGAGAGAGACUGCUUUCAGCAUCCGUGGAUUGCCGAGGUGGAGGAUGUGGAUCAGUACGAAGACGACGAUAUCCUCGCCGAAGUGCGCGAGGGCCUCUCGGUUAUUGGGGAAGACGAAGAGCUAGACGCAUCUCAACUCUCUCUUGCUGAUGACCAGGGGUACACUUACGCCGGUGAAGGUGAAGAGUCAAGCAGCAGUGAAGCUCUCGCCAAACGUCCACGCCUGGAACAAAUCCCCACGGAAAUCAAGUAUCCUUCACUUCCCAACAUCGAAAGUUUCCAAGACGGCCAAGUUGUCGCCGAACAACAAGCCCGACGUCUCUUUGGCGAAGUCACUUCUUCCGCACUGCGCAGCUCCUACGCACUCGGCCAAAACGGCUCCUGGGCUGGAGUUGACUUUGAGGCCGAGGGCUUUGCAUCAUCCGGUGAGUCGAUGAGCGAUGAACACAGUGUCUAUUCCAUCAUUUCUCUCCCGGAAAACCCCUUCGGCGGCACUGCACCCAGCCUCAUGGGCGCAGAGAAUCUCGUUGGACGACUGAAUAUGAACUCCUCGCUUCCUCUCCUUCCCCCGACCGGUCCCGUUACUGAAUCAUCGACCCGGCAGACCACUCCUGGCGAGCAGAGGGAGCCCGUCAAUCCAGGUAGCAACAGAACUCCACGUCAAAGGGGAGCACUCCCCAGCUCUGACAAUGCAGAGAUCACGCCAAGGCCACCAAAGGUGUCUCGUCGCAUCGAGCUUGAUAUUCCCGACACAGCGAGUGAGCGCUCCAGCAGCGCCAGUGCACCAAAUAGUCGCCGCGGAUCUACAAAGCCGACCGAACCAUCUUUCGACCCUGAACUUGCGACUACCCUGGAUGCCCAAACUGGCCAGGCCAUCCUAGAUGCGCAGCUGCGAGAACAACUACCCGCAACCGAGGCGCCAUCCGAUGUGAUUGUCCAUCGACCCGAUACCCCCAUCAAGUCUGCCAGGUUCAAUCUUCGACCUCAACAUCCGCCUAGAAAACCGCCUCACAUCAUGGGGACGGGGCCCAAUGCCACCGUUCGACACGAAGACCGAAUGGACGUACGAAUCCCGGCCUACGCCUUGGAAAUCACAUUCUGGGCGCCCGCCAUCGAAUGCAUGAUUGCCGAGGGCCGAAACUGGAUGGAUGUAGACGGCGUGAUGGCCGUCCUGUCAACCAAGACGCGGAAAUGUAUCUGGGUGAAUGGUGUCGAGCUACGCAAGGAUGGACCAAACGGGUUCCAGUUCGGGAAACUGUACACUGGCGAUGUGAUUACUAUCUACAAACAUAACGGGCAAUUCUUGGAUCUCCGCUGUGAGUUUUAUCAUGGGGAGAGCGUUGAGACUCGCCCGGAGCAUGAGGAGGGAUUUGUGGUUCGACAGGCUCUGGUGCGGAAGUCUGACGGUGCAACGAAUCGCAUGCCUGUGCCUGUGUUGUCUACGGAAAAGAAAGAUGAGGAAUAA